ACUUUAUUUAAGAAGAUAGAAACGUGAUCCAAGUUUUCUCAAGUUAUUUAAAUAAAAUCACAUAAAAAUGACUGCAAAAUCAGGACCAAAAACCGUAUCGGGUGGUGGAAGACAAGCACAAGCAUUUAAAGAUAAAAGCAAGCCUGCAGAUAUCCGUCAGAGUAAUAUCAACUCGGCAAUAUCUGUUUCCGAUGCCAUCCGUACAAGCUUAGGUCCUCGUGGUAUGGAUAAAAUGAUUCAAGCCGGUAAUGGUGAAGUCACAAUCACAAAUGAUGGAGCAACAAUCUUAAAGCAAAUGAACGUCAUCCAUCCAGCUGCUAAGAUGUUGGUAGAAUUGUCACGUGCUCAAGAUGUUGAAGCUGGUGAUGGAACUACAUCAGUUGUUGUAAUUGCUGGAGCUUUACUUGAUGCGGUUCAGAAACUUCUUCAAAAAGGCAUUCAUCCAACAGCAAUCUCUGAUGCUUUCCAAAGAUGUGCUCGCAAAGCUGUUGAGAUUUUAACAGAAAUGUCAAAACCAAUUGAAUUGACAGAUCGGGAGAGUUUAAUCAAAAGUGCUUCGACAUCUCUGAACUCGAAAGUUGUUUCACAACAGAGCAGUUUGUUGGCUCCGAUUGCUGUUGAUGCUGUUUUAAAAGUUGCUGAAGAUCGUGGAACGGAAAAAUCAGUUGAUCUCAAGAACAUUAAAAUCAUUCAAAGCUUGGGUGGAACUAUCGAAGAUACAGAACUCGUCGAAGGUUUGGUAUUCACACAGAAAUCUUCAGGAACCAACGGACCAAAACGAAUUGAAAAAGCAAAGAUUGCACUCAUUCAAUUUUGCAUUUCACCACCAAAAACUGACAUGGAUCAUAAUGUCGUUGUUUCUGACUAUGCUGCUAUGGAUCGAGUCUUAAAAGAAGAACGAGCUUACAUUUUAAACAUUGUCAAGCAAAUCAAGAAGAGUGGAUGUAAUGUUUUACUUGUACAGAAAUCAAUUUUACGUGAUGCUGUUUCUGAUUUAGCUCAUCACUUCCUUGACAAGAUCAAAGUCAUGGUUGUGAAAGACGUUGAACGUGAAGAUAUUGAUUUUGUUUGUAAAACAUUGGGAUGUCGUCCCAUUGCAUCAUUAGAUCACUUUGUUCCUGAACAUGUUGUCAGUGCUGAUUUAGCUGAAGAAAUCAGCAGUGGAAUUAAUAAGUUUGUUAAAAUCACUGGAAUUCAGAAUCAAGGACGUACCGCAAGCAUUAUUUGUCGUGGCUCAAAUAAGCUUAUAUUGGAAGAAGCAGAUCGUUCACUUCAUGAUGCUUUGUGUGUUGUUCGUUGUCUCGUUAAGAAUCGAGCACUUAUUGCUGGUGGAGGUGCGCCAGAAAUUGAAAUGGCUUUGCAAUUGGCAUCUCAUGCUCAAAGUCUCGAGGGGGUUGACGCUUAUUGCUUCCGAGCAUUCGCUGAUGCUCUCGAAGUCAUACCUUCGACCUUAGCUGAGAAUGCUGGAUUAAAUCCAAUUUCUACCGUCACUGAAUUGCGAAGUCGACAUGCUCAAGGCGAGAAGAAUGCUGGAAUCAACGUUCGUAAAGGAGCCAUCACUGACAUUUUAGCAGAGAAUGUCGUUCAACCACUUCUCGUCUCAACUUCUUCAAUUACUCUCGCAUCGGAAACUGUUCAAGACAUUCAAUUAAAUCAAGAUAAAUUGCAAAGAAGAUUGAAACAAGCAGAAGAAUUUUCAUCAACAUAUUUGCAAACUUUGUCAACAUUUGGUGUGCCGAAAGAAAACUUUCAAGUCAAUAAAGACGAUCAAAAUGAUGUUAACUCUUAUCAGAACGGGUCAUUAGAAAUAACAUCAGAUCUAGGAAGUGAAGAUACUCAAAUACAAUGUCCACUUAUUGAUUUUAAUGAAAAUAUUGAUAAUGGAUUGCAAAAAAAUGAGAAUAUUACAGAAAUAUCAUCAGAUAUAAAAAAACUUCAAGAAAUUCCUUUAAAUACUGAGUUCUGCGAUCAAGAUACUUCAGAAUCAGAUAACGAUUACUUUUCCAGCUCUUCGUUGUUUGAUGAUCGUGAAGAAACAAAACAAGAUAAAAGAAAGUGCUCGGUUGUUCUUGAAAUACUUAAUAUUGAAUUUGUUCCCUCUGAUGAUGAAGAAAUUUUGCCGGUCAAACCACUUUUAAAAUUGUCAAAUGUUUACACUCCAUCCCCAAAGCGAAUGAAACUUUCAACACCAGUUAAAAACAGAACAGAAUCACUAAAGAAUAUUAUGACAGAACCUUGGACGAAACAGAAAUAUCUGGAAUAUUUCAACGAAGUUCUUAAUUUAUCUUCCAAGAGCAGUCGUUUUAACCUUUCAGUGUCUGCCUCUGCAAUGGCAUCAGACGGAUCAAUAACAGAGGAUUAUUCUUCAAAAUUUUCCAAAUGGAAUGAUAUAAAAAUAAAAUGUUCAUAUAAGAAAUGUAAAGAGGAACCUUUAGACCCUUUUGGCUUUCAAAACCAUAAAAAGGAACACAAGGACAAUGUGACACGAAUGUUCUCGUGCUCAACUUCCGUCUGCAUGCAGAAAAAAAUUAUGUUUGAUUUUACUGGAUUCAUUCAUCAUGUUACCGAGAAACAUUUUAAAUACUUAAGAUAUGCAUGUUUGGUGUGCUCUAAGAUGUUUUACAACUUGCCAGCUUUAUAUUAUCAUUAUAACGAAACUCAUCCUGAUUUCCCUUAUCACAUUUGUCUUGAGGAUGGAAUUAUGUUUGAAAAUUUCUCAGCUUUAGAAGAGCAUGUACGAAAUAAUCACAUCAAUAAUCCUUUUAAAGUUCCAAUCAUUAAACAAGAAAAAAAAAUUACAUCAAAAAGUUCAAUUAUAAUUAACACAAAUCAUGACGAGAGAGUUACCUUAAGCGCAACAAAUAAACAACUCAGUAAUAAUCUAAACUUCAUAUUCACCCCAAACAUAGACUCAGCACAAACUUCGUGUAAUGAUAGUGAAAUUCUCAACAGACUCAAUGCAUUAAACCAAAGUGUGAAUACAAAUCGAAAGUUGAAUUUUUAGAAUGUACUAAAAUGAUAUUUUAGUUAGUUGAAGUUAUUUUUUAGUUAAAUCCAAAACACAAAAUUAAGUCGCUUUAGCUUAGUGUUGAGAAUAAAUUUGAGAUAAACAUAAAUUCAAACUAAAAACCUCAAUUUCUCAUCUUUAUCAUUUGAAUAUGAAUCAGUGCAACUGAGUAAAG